UGGUGAGCGGGGAGCUGCCUCACGAUGAGUUACUGGAGUCUGGAUAAGAAGAGCAGCCUGCAGUACUGCCGGCACUUCCUAGCGGACAACGGCGUGUUCCACGUUGAGAGAUGCAUGAGUGUGAUGCAGUCUGGGACGCAGAUGGUGAAGCUGAAGAGUGGAACCAAGGGGCUGGUCCGUCUCUUCUACCUGGACGAGCACAGGACCUGCAUCCGAUGGAGGCCCUCCCGCAAGAGCGAAAAGGCAAAAAUUGUCAUCGACUCCAUUUACAAAGUCAGCGAGGGCCGGCAGUCGGAGAUCUUCCACCGCCACGCCGAGGGCAGCUUCGAGCCCAGCUGCUGCUUCACCAUUUACCACGGCAGCCACCUGGAGAGCCUGGACCUGAUCACGUCCAACCCCGAGGAGGCUCGCACCUGGGUCACGGGGCUCAAGUACCUGCUGGCCGGGAUCAGCGACGAGGACUCGCUGGCCAAGCGCCAGAGGACGCACGACCACUGGGUGAAGCAGACCUUCGAGGAGGCUGACAAGAACGGCGACGGGCUGCUCAACAUCGAGGAGAUCCACCAGCUGAUGCACAAGCUGAACGUCAGCCUGCCCCGCAGGAAGGUCCGCCAGAUGUUCCAGGAGGCAGACACAGAUGAGAACCAAGGAACCCUGAACUUUGAAGAAUUCUCAGUGUUUUACAAGAUGAUGUCCUUGCGUCGAGAUCUGUACCUGCUGCUCCUAAGCUACAGUGACAAGAAGGAUCAUCUCACUGCUGAGGAGCUGGCCCAGUUUCUGAGGGUGGAACAGAAGAUGAAUAAUGUGACACCAGAAUAUUGUCUGGACAUCAUACAGAAGUUUGAAGUGUCAGAAGAAAACAAGAAGCAAAAUGUUCUUGGGAUUGAAGGCUUCACCAGCUUCAUGCGCAGCCCGGCGUGCGAGGUGUCCGACCCGCUGCACCGCCACGUGCACCAGGACAUGCGGCAGCCCCUGUGCCACUACUUCAUCGCCUCGUCCCACAACACCUACCUGAGCGGGGACCAGCUGCUCUCCCAGUCCCGCGCCGACAUGUACGCGCGCGUGCUGCAGGCCGGCUGCCGCUGCGUCGAAGUGGAUUGCUGGGAUGGCCCAGAUGGGGAGCCAGUGGUGCACCAUGGCUACACCCUGACUUCCAAAAUCCUCUUCCGGGACGUGGCAGAAACCAUCAAUAAAUAUGCCUUCAUCAAAAACGAGUUUCCAGUCAUCCUGUCCAUUGAAAACCACUGCAGCAUUCAACAGCAAAAGAAGAUCGCCCAGUACCUGAAGGACAUAUUUGGUGACAAACUGGACUUGUCAUCUGUGAGCACUGGAGACCCCAGGCAGCUUCCCAGCCCUCAGGAUUUAAAAGGGAAAAUCCUAGUGAAGGGUAAGAAGUUGCCCUGCAGCCUUGCAGCAGAUGCUGAGGAAGGAGAGGUUUCAGAAGAGGACAGUGCUGAUGAAAUUGAGGACGACUGCAAGUUAAAGCCCUGCUUUAGCAACGGUGCAACUCAGCACCAGGUGGAAUCCUUCAUACGGACAAAACUGGAGUCUCUGCUAAAAGAAUCCCAAAUCAGGGACAAGGAGGAUCCUGACAGCUUCACUGUGAGGGCCCUGCUGAAGGCAACUCACCAGAGCUUCAGUGUGAACAUGAAGCAGAACUUGGAUACAAAAGAAGGUGGAAAAAAGUCUCAUGGUCGAUCAUUAAUGGGGAACUUCAGUAAACACAAGAGAGCUGCCAAGGCAGCAGCCAAAGCCCACAGUGCCUCGGACGAUGAGGAGGGCCAGCAGCACCCUCCGGGCAAGGAGCUGGGGCAGCCCCACAGGCUGGCCCGCCGCAGGAAGACAGUGAAGCUGUGCCGGGCCCUGUCGGACCUGGUGGUGUACACCAACUCUGUGGCAGCCCAGGACAUCGUGGAUGAUGGCUCCACAGGGAACGUGCUGUCAUUCAGUGAGACCAGAGCCCACCAGGCAGUGCAGCAGAAGGCUGAGCAGUUCAUGCUCUACAACCAGAGGCAGCUGACCCGGGUCUAUCCCUCAGCCUACCGGAUCGACUCCAGCAACUUCAACCCUGUUCCCUACUGGAAUGUGGGCUGCCAGUUAGUGGCCCUAAACUACCAGUCUGAGGGACGUGUGAUGCAGUUAAAUGAAGCAAAAUUCAGGGUAAAUGGCAACUGUGGUUAUGUGCUCAAACCUCCGCAGAUGUGCAAAGGCACAUUCAACCCCUACUCUGCUGAUCCACUUCCUGCCAGUCCGAAGAAGCAGCUGAUUCUGAAGAUCAUCAGUGGGCAGCAGCUCCCCAAGCCCCCUGACUCAAUGCUGGGGGACAGAGGAGAGAUCAUAGAUCCCUUUGUUGAGGUGGAGAUUAUUGGGUUACCUGUUGACUGCUGUAAAGAUCAGACCAGAGUGGUGGAUGACAAUGGGUUCAAUCCUGUCUGGGAGGAGACCCUCACCUUCACCAUCCACAUGCCCGAGAUUGCCCUGGUGCGGUUCCUGGUCUGGGACCACGACCCCAUCGGGAGGGACUUUGUGGGCCAGAGAACUGUGGCCUUCAGCAGCCUCGUGCCUGGCUAUCGCCAUGUGUACUUAGAAGGACUGACAGAAGCUUCCAUAUUUGUUCAUAUAAUCAUUAAUGAGACCUAUGGAAAGUGGAGCCCUUUAAUCCUCAAUCCCAGUUACACAAUAAUGCACUUUCUAGGAGCCACCAAGAGCAAGCAGCUGAUGGGGCUCCGAGGGCUGUUCUCCAAGGCGCCCAAGGCGGGCGCGGCCGAGCCCAGCGGGCACCAUGCGCGCAAGCGCUCCAUCGGCGAGCGCAUCCUGCGGCGCACGGCCAGCGCCCCGGCCAAGGGCAGGAAGAAGAGCAAGAUGGGCUUCCUGGAGGCCGCUGAGAUGAAGGACAGCGCCUCGGAGCCGGCAGACCUGAAGGACAAGGACGGCGUGCUGCGGCGGCCGAACCGCCCCUCGCAGGCGCGCCCCGCCUCCAUGCCCGUGGACAGGUUCCUCAUGGUGGAGCUGCCCUGCCCUGCACAGGACGCUGCCCAGGAGGCCGAGGCACAGGACAACACAUCUGCCAACAGUGAUGACAAUACAAAUGAGAAGGAAACAAGCUUGAAAGAAUUGGGUUCUCCACGUUCGGAGCAAAAGUCAAAUGCUUCACAUUUAGCAUCUCAGUUCAAGAAGGAGAAUAACCAGAGGGAUUCUACAGCUGACUGUUUAGCACCACCUCCACAGGAGCAACCUGAACAUUUGGUUUUUGCAAAUGGUGUAGCUCAAGCAAAUCACCUUGUAGACUACCAGGAGGAUAAUCUUUCUGAUGGAACUGUCCCCCUAACGCAAGACUCUGACUCGGAACUUCCCACAGAAAAAUCACACCACAAAAACUGUGCAGAGAGUAAAAAGGAAGAUGACACAAAAGGAUCUAAGGAAGGGAAGGUCAGUCUCACGGGGACUUCUGUUUCUCAGAGCACAGAGGUGGAGAAUCACAAAUGUGACACGAAGAAAAGCACUGCAGCACCUCUUUCCCCUUCUUCUGCCGAGUGCUCUGAGAGCCCUGACUGUCACUCCAGGGCGGCCCUGCAGGACAGUGACAUUUCUCACCUCAUUGAUGAAGUCUCUCUCUCGACUGAGAGUGAGCUGGACAGCGCUGUGUCCACUCUCAUUGGGCAGCUCGAUGGCACAGAUGACCAAACUCCCCUUCCUCCUGUCUCCAGCCCCCAUGGCAGCAGCAGCCAGACCCCCAGGGUGGGGAAUGCAGUCCCACACAUGUUUGCUGCAGACCUGAGCAGCCCCUGUAGGCACAACUUCACUCCCACAAAAUCCAACAAAUCCUCUUUAUUCUCCACUCUGGACACAGCCAUGUUCUCCAGCUUGGAGGAUCCCGAGUAUUCCACAUACACAGUUCUCCAUGAGGCAUCUCCACCUUCUGAAUGUAAGAGCCACAGGGCACUAGUUUGCAAGAAAAGACUAAAUAAUCUAGAAAGUAACCUGCCCAGCUCUUCUUGCUCUUCAUCCCUCUCUUUGCUAAACGCAAAUCCCAAAAGGAAUUGUGCUACAAAGAGCGGACCAAGCUGGGAAGCCCCCGAGCCUGCCAGCUCCUUUGGGUCCAACAGCCUCAUCUUUGAGGAGCCGCUGGGGCGCCCUGUCCCUGGGGAGCACUCGGCCAGCAGCAGCCUGCUGGAGCUGGAUGGGGACGGCCAGGAGCUCCUGGUGACCGCCCGUGAGUACCGAAGGGAGGACAUGAGCCAGCUGGCCUCGCCCGUGAGCCUCAGGCAGAGGCAGGAGCCCGGGCACGGCGGGGACAGGACCUCGGGGAGCAGCUCCACCUGUGGGGACAGGACCUUGGGGAGCAGCUCCUGUGGCGGUGACAGGAACUUGGGGAGCAGCUCCACCGGGCACGGCGGUGACAGGACCGCUGGGAGCAGCUCCUGUGGAGGUGACAGGACCGCUGGGAGCAGCUCCACCGGCGGGGACAGGACCUUGGGGAGCAGCUCCACCAGCGGGGACAGGACCUCGGGGAGCAGCUCCACCGGGCACGGCGGUGACAGGACCGCUGGGAGCAGCUCCUGUGGCGGUGACAGGACCGCUGGGAGCAGCUCCACCACUGCGCCCUGUGCCGCUGCCCGGCACUGCUCCAGGACCUGCGGGGCUGCAAGGAGCCACCUGGCUGUCCCCGCGUGUGAGAGCACUGCGGGUUCGAGGCAGCAGCCCUCGGAGAAGCACAGGGCUGCCGUGUGCGUCCCCAAGGCCGGCUCAGCCUUUCCCCUGCACCCCGGGGCUCUGCCGUUCCCCACACACCCGGCCAUCCAGCAGAGCAGCCCCUGCAAGUCCAAGAGCCUGGGAGACCUGACCUCGGAGGACAUCUCGUGCAACUUCGAGAGUAAGUAUCAGUACAUCAGCAGGAGCUUCAUCUCCUCGGGCCUGAGGGACGGGAAGCUGGCCGCCAUGCAGGGCGUGAGGCCGCACUCGACGGACGCGCUGACGGAGCAGCUGCGGAGGCUGCUGUCCCCGGAGCAGGAGGACGGCCGGGAGCCGCCGUGCCCCAGGCAGCCGGACGAGGACUGCCCGCGGGCCCUGGUGAGGAAGCUGUCGUCCCGCAGCCAGAGCCGGGUGCGGAACAUCGCCAGCCGCGCCCGGGAGCGGCAGGAGGCGGCGGGCAAGCCGCGGCCGUGCGUGCCCGGGGUGGUGCUGCGGAGCAAGGCCCCGGGGCCGCCGCUGGCCGCCAACCGGCACUCCACGGGCUCCUGCAUCGGCCGCUACCUGCGCGGCUGCCCCGGCGAGCGGCGCGGCGUGCCCGAGGGAGCCUGCUCCGCGCUGCAGCAGCUCGGCUGCGGGGACGGGGAACUGCCGCACGGCUGUGGGGAGCUGCAGCAGCACGGCUGUGGGGAACUGCUGCUGCCCGGCUGCGGGGAGCUGCCGCUGCCUCCUGGCGCCCAGGAGCAGCCCGAGAUCUAUUUCCUGCUCCGGCUGUAGGCACGGCCCGGCCCCGACUGCUGCUCUGCAGCGUACCGGAGCUGCUUGGAGCCCACAGCGUAUUUCUGAACGCAGUGUAAUGCCAGUAAGUCAGGGGUGGUUUAACGUGCCCCUUCCUGGCAGGGCUGAGGGAGGCAGGAGCCACCCUCCGUCCUUAGGGGUGCUGCUGAUGGAGCCCGUGUGCAUUUGUAGCAUUCUGUGUCUGUCAUGCCGUGCUCCAAAGCCUGACAUUGCACUGAAGGCAAUACUGGUUUCCUUGUGUCUUGUCCUCCUGCUUGGAAAAACACUUUCGGCCUUUUGUGAGGAUUCUCCAAAGCACUGUGGUGUCUGGAAUGCUGGACUGGGGCUUGUUCUGCCCGACAGGCAGCAACCCUUCAUUAGCAUCACUUGUUCUGAAUUGUUACUAUAAAUUUUACAUGUUUUCAUGUAUGAACUGUGAGUCUGCAGCAAAUGGUUUGUAGAAUUAGGGUUAGUCCAGAUUUGUGAGUCCUGUGUAGAUUUGUCUUCUGCCCUCUCUACAAAGUGUGACAACAGUUGUCUUCCUUUUUGGUUACUGUGUUGAUUUGGGACAGAGUGGAAUGUGCGAGUAAUUAUACUUUUAUGAAUGAAAACACUUUAUUUCUGCUUAUUUUGUUAUGUAUUUUUGCUGUUGGUUGUGUGAGUAGCUUCGGUACAGUAGAUCCAUUUUCUGUAUAUUUGUAAUUUUAUUGCUGAAUUGUCGACAGUCAGUGGAAUAUUUAAGCUGACAUGGUAGAGUGACUAUUUUGACUGUUCACCUUUUUCUAUGAAGGCUGAAAGUGAAUUGGGUGAAGGAAUCUCAGACACUUAAAGCUUCCCUGUAGGGAACAACAUAGCUUUAUUUUGGUUGGAAGAUACUCUAUGCCUUUGCUGUAAGUUUUUCUGAUAUGUCAAAGACGUACCUUUUACCUCUUUCUUUUGUAAUGCAGAGUAUUAUUAUUCUUG